GUCACUCGCUGGCACAUUGAAAAGGUACAGUAGUAGUUAUUUUGCACCGGCGACAACAUCACCGGAGAGAUCAUUAGCGCGAGGCGAAAUUACUUACAUUUUCUGAGAUUCCAAACUUCUCUGCGGCACACGAUCUGUAAUUCUCCGGUUUUCCAGGAUUGUUGUGUUGUGCUCAUGGCCAUGGAAACCUUGAGAGAAAAGGUUAUGGUGUGGUGUUACUGGAAUGGUUCUAUCAAGUAUGCUCUUGAUGGUGUAUUCUUUGAAGGAUCCACUCCUAAGAAGAUCAAAGUUAGGCGAAAGACUGCGUUAACUACAUUGUUGAAUGGGCUUUAUCCAAUUUUUGGAUUAGAUAAGCAGAAAUCAGAGUUCAAAAUUUUUGGUCGGUACCCUGUAGCUGUUUCACCGGAUCUGUUUACGUAUCUUCUUCUUACUGUGGUGAACGACUCUAGUUUGGAGACUAUGCUUGAUGUUCCAACCAAUCAUCCUUCUAUUAAAAUUGUGAAAUUGUAUUUGGAAGUGAAUUCCACAUCUGAUGAUGUUGCUGAUCCUGAUAAUCCCGCUAGUUCCUCGAAAAGACAGAGGAUACAACAACCCCCUGAAGCUACUGGUUAUGUUUCACAUCCAUCUGUUAAAGUAGAGAGGUAUAUUGGGAUAGAGGUUCAGGGAGUGGAUAACAGUAACGGCUGGAUUGAAGACGAGGAAAAUUCUGACUUUGGAAACGGUAGCACUCAUGGAGGUGGAGAUGGAGAAAUGACGGAUAAGAACUCGGGUUCAGAUGAUGUGGUUAAUAACGAAAAUGCACACAGUGAUUUGAAUGUGCCAGGCUUAGAGGCAUCGGCAGAUCCAUGCUUAGUAAGUAAAGGUGUCGUCGAUUCUAGUGCUUCAAAACCGUCGUCUCUGUCCAGUUUGUGGGUUGAUGAUCAUGAAUUGCGUGUGGGAUUGUGUUUUAAAGAUAGGGAUGAGCUGAAGAAGGCGGUGGACUGGUGUUCCAUUAGAGGGCAGCAAAAGUGUGUAGUAAAGGAGAUUAAAAAGGAUGAGUAUAUGUUCAAGUGCAUCAGAUGGAAAUGCAAUUGGUCGCUUGGUGCAGCUAGAAUAGAAGAACAUGGACUUGUGGAGAUAACCAAGUGUAGUGGUCCACACACUUGCUGUUAUAUUAAGCCAGAGAAUUUCAACUUGGAAUUUGCAACAGAAGAGAUUGAAAGUCUGAUCAGGGUACAACCCACACUAACAAUUGCAGAGCUAAAAAAUUGGUGGUUUGACAAAUUUGGCGACAUGCCAAAAACUUCAGAGCUGCGGGCAGCAAAACAGGAAGUAAUCAAAAAGGUAUUUGGAGACUGGGAUCAGAGUUUCAGAGUGUUGCCUAAAUUAAUGGCUGCGUUUCACUCAUCUAAUGGGCUACUUGUUGACUGGCAAUACGAACUUUUUCCUAAUCCUGAAUUUGCAUCCUUCAGUGGCGUGUUUUGGGCGUUUCCACAGUCCAUUGAAGGGUUUCAACACUGUAGACCUCUGAUCAUAGUGGAUUCCAAAGACUUGAAUGGUACGUAUCCUAUGAAACUGAUGAUUGCCUCAGGACUCGACGCUGAUGAUUGCUUUUUCCCGCUUGCAUUUGCGCUUACCAAAGAAUUAUGCACUGAUACUUGGCGUUGGUUUCUCGCUGGAAUCCGAGAGAAGGUAACACAAAGGAAAGACCUUUGCCUCAUCUCCAGUCCCCACCCGGACAUACUCGCUGUUAUUAACGAACCCGGGUCACUGUGGCAAGAACCGUGGGCUUAUCACAGGUUCUGUCUGGAUCGGUUUUGCUUACAAUUCCAUGAUAUUUUUCGAGACUACAACCUGGACGAUCUUGUGAAGCAAGCUGGAUCUACAAGUCAGAAGGAAGAAUUUGAUUCCUACAUGAAGGAAAUUGAAAAGAAGAACGCAGAAGCUCGCAAAUGGUUAGAUCAAUUCCCUCAAGAUCAGUGGGUUCUGGCUCAUGACAGUGGUAGGAGAUACGGAGUCAUGACGGUAGAAACAGAAGAUUUGUUUGCAAUUUGUGAAAAUUUUCAGUCUCAUGGUCUGUCAGUGACAGCGAUCGCUCUGCUUCUGUUUGAUGAGAUGAGAUUAGUUUUUCACACGGGACUUUGUGAUAGCAGUGGUAGGGUUAACUGCGGUGAUGUGUACACUAAACUUGUCAUGGACAAGCUUGAUGAUUUUAGGACAGGUACUGUUACAUACGUUGUAAUGCCUUUACAGAAAGGUGCGUUUCAGGUCACAGAGCCGUUAGAUAAGGAUGGAUGGAUCGUUCGGCUGAGCGAAUGCACCUGCACGUGUGGGAAGUUUCAAUCGAAGAAGUUUCCGUGUCUACACGCUCUAGCAGUCUGUGCGAAGCUCAAAAUAAACCCUUUGCAGUAUGUAGACGACUGUUACACUCUUGAACGGUUAUUCAAAACUUACACAGGCACUUUUGCUCCUGUUCCGGAAGUAUCUGCUUGGCCGGAAGCUUCAGGAAUUCCGACAUUGUUCCCACCAGUCAUGUCUCUGCCACCGCCUCCAACUAGUCCUCGCACUAUUCAGAAGAAGAAGAGCUAAUCGCUUAACGUUUCUAUUGUAUCUUUGUGACGUUUGGGAAGUAGGACUAAAACCGAUCCGUGUUGUAUAUUGUAGUUUUGUACCAUAGACAUUGUUGCUAUUUUUGUAGUAUAUGAAACAGAUUUAAGCAA